AUGACAAACAUACAAUUCCAUAUACCACCACUCUGUUUAGAAGAUAAUAUAAAUAAAAUCAAACUAAACUUUAUUGCAUCCUACACAGUGUUAUAUCCAGAUGAAAAUGCAGUAAUUUACUGGAAAAAAUAUGAUAUUCUUAAAGGAGAUAUUUUAAGUUUGAAAUUGAGUGCGUUAUGGAAAAAUAAUUAUAUAAAACACGAAUUUAUACGCGAUUUAAGCCAAUUAAUAUCAUCAACAGAAUGGUGGAAACAAUUUCAUCUCCGUCCUAUUAUACAAUCAAAUUACGAAGAAACUACAUUUACAAUAAUUCUUCUACCAUUACAAUCAUAUCCUAUAUUAGAAUAUCCUAAAAACAUUUUACAUGGAGAACUUUCAGAAAUUCAAAUAAAAUUAGAAUUUGAAAAUAAUUUACAAAAAAACCCUGAAUUUAAAUGGAUACCAAAUAUUGCUGAAAAAACAUCGCAUCAUUUAAACAACAUAUCUAGAUCUCUUGAUCGUAUAUCAAAAAGAUCUAUACGUACUAGUUUACAAACAAAAAUUCUUUUAUUAAAGAAGAUUUCAUCACAAGAUUCAUCAUUUUUGACUCAAGAAUUAUGGAAUACAGUCAAAAGAACAAUUAUUAUCAAAAAAGCUAUAACAGAACUUAAACCAGCAUUAAAUUAUACAUAUUUUCCAAAAUUAUUACGAAAAGAUAUAAAUACUAAUAAUGAAAUCAAAAUAUUUCCAAUAAAUGAUAAUAAUAUAUUAUACGAUGAAGAAACAUCAGAUAAAAAAUUAUCACUGAUACAAUCAACAGAUAAUAGUUGUUAA